ACGGCCGCGCGGAGCUUGGAGGACGCGGGACGCGCCGCGCCCCGGCCACUGACCGAGGAGUGCCCCCGCCUGGAGUCAGCCUGGGGGCAGGCCAGGGUCCACCAGACCCCGGGAUGACCGCAGCCAGCCGGGCCAACCCCUACAGCAUCGUAUCGUCAGAGGAGGACGGGCUGCACCUGGUUACCAUGUCAGGCGCCAACGGCUUUGGCAACGGCAAGGUGCACACGCGGCGCCGGUGCCGAAACCGCUUCGUCAAGAAGAACGGCCAGUGCAACAUUGAGUUCGCCAACAUGGACGAGAAGUCGCAGCGCUACCUGGCUGACAUGUUCACCACGUGUGUGGAUAUCCGCUGGCGCUACAUGCUGCUCAUCUUCUCCCUGGCCUUCCUCGCCUCCUGGCUGCUGUUCGGCAUCAUCUUCUGGGUCAUUGCCGUCGCCCACGGAGACCUGGAGCCGGCCGAGGGUCGAGGCCGCACACCCUGUGUGCUGCAGGUCCACGGCUUCAUGGCAGCCUUUCUCUUCUCCAUUGAGACGCAGACCACCAUCGGCUACGGGCUGCGCUGCGUGACCGAGGAGUGCCCCGUGGCCGUCUUCAUGGUGGUGGCCCAGUCCAUCGUGGGCUGCAUCAUCGACUCCUUCAUGAUCGGUGCCAUCAUGGCCAAGAUGGCCCGGCCCAAGAAGCGAGCGCAGACCCUGCUUUUCAGCCACAAUGCCGUGGUGGCCCUGCGCGACGGCAAGCUCUGUCUCAUGUGGCGCGUGGGGAACCUGCGCAAGAGCCACAUCGUGGAGGCUCACGUGCGGGCCCAGCUCAUCAAGCCCAGGGUCACGGAGGAGGGUGAGUACAUCCCGCUGGACCAGAUUGACAUCGACGUGGGCUUUGACAAGGGCCUGGACCGCAUCUUCCUGGUCUCGCCCAUCACCAUCUUGCACGAGAUCGAUGAGGCCAGCCCACUGUUCGGCAUUAGCCGCCAGGACCUCGAGACAGACGACUUUGAGAUUGUGGUCAUCUUAGAAGGCAUGGUGGAAGCCACAGCCAUGACCACACAGGCUCGCAGUUCCUACCUAGCUAAUGAGAUCCUGUGGGGCCACCGCUUUGAACCGGUGCUCUUUGAGGAGAAGAACCAGUACAAGAUUGACUACUCACACUUCCACAAGACCUACGAGGUGCCCUCUACGCCCCGCUGCAGCGCCAAGGACCUGGUGGAGAACAAGUUCCUCCUGCCCAGUGCCAACUCCUUCUGCUAUGAGAACGAGCUGGCCUUCCUGAGCCGGGACGAGGAGGACGAGGUGGCCACAGAAAGGGAUGGCCGCAGCCCUCAGCCUGAGCAUGACUUUGACAGGCUCCAGGCCAGCAGUGGCGCCCUGGAGCAGCGGCCCUACAGACGGGAGUCAGAGAUUUGAGCGCCCUUGCCUUAGGCGCAGCACCGCCCUGACCAAGAAUGGUCGUCCCCUGUCCCUCGGGGACCUGGGUUUGAGCAGAGCAGGCCAAAUGCCUCGGGUCACAGACUCAGUAGCAUCUUAGUCUUUUCGUGUUUUUUCGCAAUAGCUUGGGAAGGUUGGCGGGAGAGUGGGCGGUCGGAAUGAAUAGCCCAUGGCCUGAUGGCUACACACGGGCAAGGAGGUGACCUCUUGGGGGUAGGGUGAACCACAGGAGUCGGGGAGUCUGCUGGAGGUCUGGGGAGCAGGUUCCCAGCCUUGGCGGGAGAAGGCUGCGUUUGCACACUUCAUUGGUUUUUAACUUGGAUAAGACUGUUUACAAACAAACAAACAAAAAACCCCACAAAACAAACACAAGAAAACACUAACAUUUGGUUUGGUUUUUAAAAUUCAUGGUGUGGGGACAGUUAGGAUUCUACUCAGUGCGGCCGGGCCGGCAGCUGGAUGGAGUGCCCUGAAGGUUCUCUGGGGGUCUGCCAGGGCCCUGCAAGUUGUCAUGAAUAAGGAUGAAUCAGGCUGCUUGUGACUGUGUUAAUGAUCCUAAUAAAGCAUCUGGGUGUCUCUGGGGGUGGGGGCCCGCUAGGGCAAAUCUGGCUUGAUCUUGUGCGUUUGAUGUUGUACCUCAGCUACAUCAGGGCUGGGUGUAGACCCCCUUCUGUGUCCCGCGUGCCUCCUUCCCUGUCCGCCCGAGGUCUCCACCCCUUGCAGUGAGGGCCAGCAGGAAACACCAGGGUGGGUGCUUCUUAGGAAAGGACACUCAGGAAAUUAGCAUGGGGUCUGGGUCCCACAUUCCCAGGAAGUGGGUCAACCCUCCCCCCCUCCCCACUGGACUCACAGCUUGAGUCGUGCCUUAGAGACUCCAGGUUGUCUGGCUUCGGUCAUUUUUAGUUUUAUCUGACUUGUUUAAUCUUUCCCUGCUGCCCCGGACUCCACUCAUGAAGCUCCCAUAAGCCCCUCUGAGGGUGCAGAGGCUGCAGUCCGCCUGGCUCACAGCCAUGUCCCUGCCUGACUUUCUACCACACUCCGGGGCAGGAUGACACAGCCCUGCUGACCCCAGCCAGUCAUCUGCCGCUGGGGGGAUCCCCAUCCUCCACCAGACCCCUCCAGCCAUAGAGACGAUCAGAGAAACGUCAUAAAGAAUUUUCGUUCAGUCUUAAGGGGCUCGUGGUGGAGCUUUUUCUCCCCGAGGCCACCCCCAAGCCAUGGAGUCUUCCCCCUAGUGCCCGGUCAGGGAGACCUGAGGUGGGUUUGCUCCCAGGCAUCUAGCUUAAGAUUCCAUGCUAAUUUCUAGCCUAGGAGGUUCCUCUAGGACCUGAGGCAGGGGCCUCAUCUCCCUUGCAUUCUUGGCCCCCAAAUCUCACUGACUAUUCUAGCCUUGGCUCUGGGGCCUGAGGGUGCAUUUCAGGGUGGGAAUGCUUGGCUCUCACCUCCAUCUGGUUGCCAGGCUGAGGGUUGGGGAGGGGAGAAAGGAGGAACCUGGGCAACUGUUGCUCUUUCUGAGUAGGUGGGUCCGUAUCCAGAGCAGGGUCUGACCGCUCUUGGCUCCCCAGGGCCUGCUCCCAGCUCAUCAUUUCAGUGGCCUGACGCAUUCAGCAUGCUCACCCCUCCUCCUUCCAGGCUCAGGCCUGCCAGAAUGGUCCGGUCCCUGGGCCCUGCUGGAGGGCAGCUCAAGCUGCCUUUCAUCUCUGCCAAAGGCAGGCAGACUGCUGUAUUUUCAAAUUCUCCUGCCCUCUUUUUUUUUUUUUCCUCUUUCCCUGUGUUUAUUUAUUGCUCGUGCUAAAGACCAAACCAGCCCCCUCCCCCCUCUUUAGUGUACCUAACAGGGGAGGCCACAGAGAGGGGAGCCAUGUGCCUGGGCCAAGCAGCAAAGCUUGGCCCCUGGGGAGUGCAUGAGAAGGGGAGCCAGGGUGCAUCCCACAAUCGCCUCCCUGUAUGUGAAACUCGGUAUGCAGGAUUUUGUGUACACAGGUGUUUGUGUGGAGGUAGUCCAUGGCUGCCCGCAGGUAUGUGUGUGCUUGUGUGUUUUUUAUUGGGCUAAACCGGGUUUAGUGCUCACCAACCUGAACUGGUCAGGCUGGAUGCUGGCCACAGACAUGACCACAGUCCGACUUGAGUCCCCGCCCUGCCCCGGUUAAGCGGGCCGUCUGCAGCAGGCAGCAGUUUGAGGCCUCUGAUGGUAAGCCCCGGCACCAGAUCCUGUCAGAGGCCGUGGGUGCAUCUGUGCGUGUGAGCAUGGGUGAGCAUGUGUGAGUGCGUGGAGGUCCUGGGGUUCUUGUAUGUGAGUGUCAGUGGGGUGCGUGCUGUGUGCGGCUUGGGAGAGCUGCACGGGGUGAAACGGCUCCCCGGAGCCCGUGCUGGUGCUGUGUCACCUGGUCCUUGUCCAGCUGAGGGCCUGGGGGCAGAAGAACACAGCACAGGGAGGCCCCUGCUCGGGGGCCUGCCCUGUGUGAGGUCACAGAAUGUUAACUCUAUUUUAAAUGGCGAAACUGGAGAAUUUUCAUGUUAUUUUCAAUACAUAGCGGUAUUUAAAGAUGUAGGCGACGAGACUAGACCACAUUAAAUGCAUUUUGA